AUGAAACACGCACUCAAAGGUUACCUCAGCUGCGUUGUUCGCGGGGAAGCUGCCAAGUUACUGCUGGAGGCCACGACUGAUUUUGGCUAUGUUCGUUCCCUGGAGGCAAGUUCGGUGUUUGAGUUUGUGCGGAAGAAGCAGAGUGCAUUGCUCGAGUCAAUUCUUUGCCGAGACAUAGACGUGCACCAAAGAGACAUCCAUGGGCGAACGGCAUUGUUCAAUGCUGUAUUACACAAGCACAUAUCGGGCGUGAUGCUCCUGUUGGAAUUUGGAGCAGACAUCAAUGCGCCAGACGAGCACCAGAUCACUCCCUGUAUAUUGCCGCAGAACAGGGACCCGAAGCAAUCGCAGACGUCUCUGCAUGUUGCCAUAUCGGCCAAUUCGACCAAGGCCGUCUCUCUUCUGAUCGAGCAUGGUGCAAACGUGAAUGCGAUUGAGUCAGGGCAGGAGACUGCUUUACAGCGAUCACUAAGCGACCGGACUGAAGCCGGAAUUUUGAAGCUCCUUCUCGAUGCAGGAGCGGAUUUCACUGCUCCAAACAUCCACGGUAUCGCACCAUUAAAGCUGGUAUGGAUGAGGAGGGCCAAAGAAAAAGGACGGUUGCUCUUGAACGCAAUAGAAGCAAGAGAAACCGCUUCUGACUUGCUAGAAUCACCUACUACCUUGCCACAUGCUGAUAUCUAUGCACAGUAUGAUCUCGCACACCGGCUCUUGGCCCAAGGAGCAGACGUUGGCAAACCGGAAAGGGACACAAGGCGGACCGCAUUGAUGGAAGCGGCGAAACAAGAACAAGACAGCCUUUUCGAUCUGGUGCUGCAAAAGAGUCUCGAUGUCAAUGCAUUAGACCCCUGCGGACGAACGGCACUCUCAUAUGCGGCUGAGCACGGCAGCGAACAUAAAGUACGCUCCUUGCUAAAAAAGAAUGCAUCAGCUGGUAUCUACAGGUCGGGGUCACCUUUGACAUAUGCUGCCAAAAAUCAUCACCUUCAAGUGGUAUUGCUCCUUCUUAGACAGACAAAGGGCGUAGAUCUUGCUGAUGAUAGCCUUCGGUCCGCGGUGACGUCUGCUGUUACCUUUGGUGAUACACAAUUGCUGGAGUUGAUACACGAGAAGGGCAAUCUUGACCAACGCGAUUGGAGGUACCGUGAUCCGGUCCUUCAUCGCACAGCACAACGAGGAGACCUGGCCGGCGUAAAGUGGCUGCUCAACCAAUCUGUCAGUAUUGACGCAGCAGGCAAUGAUAGGCGAACGCCCCUUAUGCUGGCAGUAUAUAGCCGUAAUGACGCAGUUGUUGAACAACUUCUGCAGCACGGAGCCCGGCUUGACGCCCGAGAUUGGAACCAUGCGACUGCCCUUCAUUGGGCCUUGCCACAUUGGACCGACCCGUCACUUGAAACUCCCAAUUCCAAUGCUAUCUUGAGAGCUGACCGCAAUUCCGGGCGUCCUGUUAACUCGAAUAUUGUCAAAAUGCUUGUCGAAGCAGGUGCUGAUUUGGAAGCGAAGAAUGCAUCGGACGAGACUCCCCUGACACGCGCCGCCAUCAAUGGAUCUACGUCAGCUGUUCGCCUGCUCCUCGAGAAAGGAGCAAAUAUCGAAUCGCGCGACCAGUCGGGGUUUUCUCCCUUGCUAUUGGCGGCUUGGAAAGGUCAUACGCCAGUUGUCUGUCUUCUGUUGGAGCACUGUGCAGGGAUUGGUUUCGCCAAUCCAGAUGGAGACACAGCGUUGAUGCUUGCUGCGCGUAAUGGCCACCACGAAACAAUUCUAAGUCUUCUGGCAAGAUCUACCGAAAUCAAUCGCGUCAAUCACGCUCACCGAACCCCUUUGGCAUGCGCAAGUCAACUUGCCGGAUCAUACAGGUCGAACUCCGCUUCAUUGGGCCGUGCAAAAUGA